UCGAAGUGUUAUAAUCGAGGCAUUCACACAUUUCUAGAAAUAAAAACCAUGGCUCGUACGAAGCAAACCGCACGCAAAUCCACCGGCGGAAAGGCACCCCGCAAACAGCUGGCUACAAAGGCUGCCCGUAAAAGUGCACCAUCGACCGGCGGCGUCAAGAAACCCCACCGUUAUCGGCCCGGAACGGUGGCCCUGCGUGAAAUCCGCCGCUAUCAGAAAUCGACCGAGAUGCUGAUCCGGAAGCUUCCCUUCCAGCGGUUGGUCCGCGAGAUCGCUCAAGAUUUCAAAACGGAUCUCCGGUUUCAGAGUGCCGCCAUCGGCGCCCUGCAGGAAGCAAGCGAAGCCUACUUGGUGGGCUUGUUCGAGGAUACGAAUCUUUGUGCGAUCCAUGCCAAGCGGGUCACCAUCAUGCCGAAGGACAUGCAGCUGGCUCGGCGUAUCCGCGGUGAAAGGGCGUAAGGCGUUGAGAUUGAAGUGGCGAAACCAAACGGCCCUUUUCAGGGCCACCCAAUGCUUUUUGAAAAGAGUUGAUUCAGAUGUUACAAAUUUGAGAUUGGAAUCCACACAAUUGGGUUCUGAUUUUUGGUGCAAUGGGGCAGUCAAGGAAGCAGUUAUACGAUAGUCCGUGAUACCUUUGAUACGGUCGAUGAAUUCGGCAACAUUUUUGGAAGUCUCCUUAUUGGUUUCAGGAUAUAGUGACUAAACCUUGCCUGAAUAAGUAAAUUAUUUAAAUGAAAAUUCACUUCGCUUGUACCCAGAAAUAAGCAACCUACAUUGAACUCGUGUCUAAACAGAGUUAACCCUAAAUUUAAUUCAAUCUGGGUAGUGCAACUUCCAAAUUACGAAUUUUCUCGUGAUUGAACGAUUUGAAAUAAUAUUAGUUGCGAGCAAAACAUCCAAUUCAGCAUUCAUCCAAAAAUGGCGUAAAAAGUGCCAAAAGUGUGCAAAAUAUGACAACAAAGUUGGGCAACAGAGUGCCUUCAAUGGAACGGAAUGUUCCCAAAGGCUUGAACAUUUCGUUCCACAAUUUGCUCAUUCAAUUAGCACAGCAAUGAAUGACCCGCUCAUCACAAACUUCUUCAAACCGAACCGAUUCGUCGCCUAACAUUCAACAGUCGUUUGUUCAGCAAAUUAACACACCCAUUUCAACUGAUCAAAUCACCAAAGUCAACUGAUGAAAUUCGAAUUUUCGACAUUCUAAGCACACAAUUUCGGCGAUACAGUCGUGGUUCGCUGGUUGGGAUGUUAACACAUGAGCCGUUUUUUUGUGUGGGAUUUCCCUUGUUGAGCUAUGACCCAGCCAAUUAUCGACAUGAGAAAUGCCAUCAAGAGUGCCCAAUAACAUGUAAUGCAAACUCGCAACCUGAGCAGAGUAUAAAAACUACUCUUAAAUAGUCUUUACCGGAAUACAAAAUUAACAACACUCUAUUUAAAAUAAAUUUCCAAAGUU